AUGUGUGUUACGCCAAUUUUCAAAAAGGGAGAUAAGCGUUGUUCUGAUAACUAUCGCCCCAUCAGCCUGGUCCCGGUCAUAGCGAAGAUUUGUGAGAGGGUUAUAUUGGAAGAAGUUUUACAAUUUUCUCUUGGACACGGCAUAAUUCCUGAUUGUCAACACGGCUUCCUCCCGGGGCGCUCGGUCAUCACAAACCUCCUCCAAUGUGCCAACUCCUGGUCGAUGUCCCUUGAUAAGGGCGACCCGGUUGAUGUCAUUUACCUUGACUUCUCUCAAGCCUUCGACCGUGUGCCACAUAGACGUCUCUUGUCCAAACUCGAUCAUAUCGGAAUUCGUGGCCGCCUCCUCUCGUGGAUCGAGGCUUUUCUUUCGAAUCGCGUCUUCCAGGUUCGUGUAGGCGAUUCUGUCUCUUCACCGAGAGCUAUCAUGAGUGGAGUACCGCAGGGCUCAGUGUUGGUUUUUCUACUCUACGUUUCUGACCUGCCACAUCAUGUCAUCUCCCACUUCUCACAGUUCGCCGAUGACACCAAGAUGUUUGGUCCCUCCAGUAGCGCCUCCACUAUUCAAGAUGACCUCGACUCCAUUUCGCGGUGGUGUGAGGAAUGGCAACUGCCGCUCAACAGUGGGAAGUGCGUCGUCCUCCACACGGGUCCUCAUAAUCCACGCCAGAGGUACUAUCUCAAUGGAGUUGUCAUCCCUGUUUCCAGCAGCCAUUGUGGUUUGGGUGUUAUAGUGACAGAUAACCUGAGUUGGUCCGAUCACAUCAUCCAUGCUGUCAACAAAGCCAAAAGAUCCUUAUUGCUGAUUCAAAAAGCAUUUGGCUGGUGUGAUCCCCUUACGUGCGCUGCUGUAUACCGAACUUACGUACGGCCUAUUUUAGAGUUCGCCGGGCCUGUUUGGAGUCCGACGUUGUGCCGCGAUUUGUCAUUGCUGGAGGGUCUCCAGCGUCGUGCAACGCGCCUCCCUUACGGAAUCUCGCGCCCGUCAUACAGUGAAAGACUCUCCAUAAUGAACCUACCAACUUUCAUGGACCGGAGGACUCGUGGUGACCUCAUCACUAUUUUUCGAGCUCUGAAUGAUCUGUUUGGUGUAAGUUUGAGCAACCUAUUCACGUUGAACAGGGAUAGCCGUCUGAGAGGCCAUGCUUUCAAGCUACGAAAAGAAAACUUUAAAACUGUGCAAAGGCAAAACUUUUUGACAAACCGGAUAUUCGGUGUUUGGAACGCGUUACCUCCUGCUGUGGUGGAGUCAAUGUCGGUGAACUCGUUCAAAAACAAUUAUGACAGUUGGCAUUCAAGUGAAAGGAACCUUUUUGUGUAA